GCGUUGAGGGAGGAGGAGGGACUGAGAGGCGGGCGGGCCUGGAGCAAGCGGGAGCAAGCGGGAGCCGUGCUGCCUUCACAGCUGAGCUGGGCCCAGCCUCUCCCCUGCCUCUCUUCGGCCCCAGCUCCAGGCGAGCAGCGGCCUGUCUGAAGAGCAUGCUGCCCUCUCACUCCCCGCCUGGCCUGGCCAUCCCUGCCCCCCCAGCCUGACCCCCGGCCCCAGCAUGGCCCAGGGUGCCAUGCGCUUCUGCUCGGAAGGCGACUGUGCCAUCUCCCCACCACGAUGUCCACGCCGCUGGCUCCCCGAAGGCCCAGUGCCCCAGAGCCCCCCAGCCAGCAUGUAUGGCAGCACAGGCUCCCUGCUAAGGCGGGUAGCAGGUCCAGGUCCCCGAAGCCGGGAAUUUGGACGUGUGACAGCACCCUGUACCCCCCUGCGUGGUCCCCCAUCACCUCGUGUUGCUCCCUCACCCUGGGCACCCUCCUCCCCUACUGGGCAGCCCCCACCAGGGGCCCGGAGCUCCGUGGUCAUAUUCCGCUUUGUGGAGAAGGCCAGUGUGAGGCCACUAAAUGGGCUACCUGCUCCUGGAGGCUUGAGUCGGAGCUGGGACUUGGGUGGGGCCUCUCCUCCCAGGCCCACCCCAGUCCUUGGGCCUGGCUCCAACCGAAAGUUGCGGCUGGAAGCAUCCACAUCAGAUCCACUCCCAGCAGGAGGAGGCUCAGCUCUACCUGGCAGCCAGGGCCUUUUACAUGGGCCACCAGCUCAACCUCAGGUUGGAGCAGAUGGUCUUUACUCCUCUCUCCCCAAUGGGCUGGGGGGGCCCUCUGAGCACCUGGCCACAUUAUUCCGAGGACCUGCUAACACUGGACUCCUGAACCAGGGGGACACCUGGUCCUCACCUCGGGAAGUCUCCUCUCAUGCCCAGAGAAUUGCUCGAGCCAAAUGGGAAUUCUUCUAUGGCUCUUUGGACCCCCCCAGCUCAGGUGCUAAGCCCCCAGAGCAGGCCCCCCCAUCUCCACUUGGGGUGGGCUCAGGGCAGGACUCUGGGGUAGCUGUGGGGCGAGCAGCCAAGUACUCCGAGACGGACCUGGACACGGUGCCCCUGAGGUGCUACCGAGAGACCGACAUCGAUGAGGUGCUGGCUGAGCGGGAGGAGGCUGACUCGGCCAUCGAGAGUCAGCCCAGCUCUGAGGGCCUGCCUGGCACUGCCCUUCCACCUGCCCCACAUCCCAGCCCAUGCCUUAGCCCUCGUCCCAGCCUGGGCAGUGGCAAUGAGGAUGAGGAUGAGGCAGGUGGGGAAGAGGAUGUGGACGACGAGGUGUUUGAGGCCUCAGAGGGGGCCCGGCCAGGCACCCGAAUGCCUCACUCUGGGCCUCUCAAGUCUCCUUUGCCCUUUCUACCUGGGACCAGUCCCUCAGCUGAUGGGCCCGACUCUUUCAGUUGUGUGUUUGAAGCCAUCCUGGAAUCACACCGGGCCAAGGGCACCUCCUACACCAGCCUCGCCUCGCUGGAGGCCCUGGCCUCACCUGGCCCAACCCAGAGCCCCUUCUUCACGUUUGAGCUGCCUCCCCAACCUCCUGCCCCAAGGCCUGACCCACCUGCUCCUGCCCCACUUGCCCCUCUUGAACCGGAUUCUGGUACUAGCUCUGCUGCUGAUGGGCCUUGGACACGGAGAAGGGAAGAAGAGGAGGCAGAGGCUGGAGCCAAGCAGGCCCCAAGGAGGGAGCCCCCUAGUCCUUGCCACUCAGAGGACAGCUUUGGGCUAGGGGCAGCACCCCUGGGCAGUGAACCACCCCUGAGCCAGCUGGUGUCCGACUCAGACUCAGAGCUGGACAGCACAGAGCGGCUGGCCCUGGGAAGCACAGACACCUUGUCCAAUGGGCAGAAAGCAGACCUGGAGGCUGCGCAGCGCCUAGCUAAGAGGCUCUACCGACUAGAUGGCUUCAGGAAGGCGGACGUGGCCCGGCACCUGGGCAAGAACAAUGACUUCAGCAAACUUGUGGCUGGCGAGUACCUCAAGUUCUUUGUCUUCACGGGCAUGACUCUGGACCAAGCUCUCAGGGUGUUUCUGAAGGAGCUGGCCUUAAUGGGUGAGACUCAGGAACGGGAGCGCGUGCUGGCCCACUUCUCCCAGAGAUACUUCCAGUGCAAUCCCGGAGCCCUUUCUUCAGAGGACGGUGCGCACACGCUGACCUGUGCCCUAAUGCUACUCAACACGGAUCUCCAUGGCCACAACAUUGGGAAGCGCAUGACCUGUGGAGACUUCAUUGGGAACCUGGAGGGCCUCAACGAAGGCGGCGACUUCCCCAGAGAGCUGCUAAAGGCCUUGUACAGCUCCAUCAAGAAUGAAAAGUUGCAGUGGGCCAUAGACGAGGAGGAGCUGAGACGCUCUCUGUCUGAGUUGGCCGACCCAAACCCCAAGGUCAUCAAGAGGGUCAGCGGGGGCAGUGGCAGCGGCUCCAGCCCUUUCCUGGACCUGACUCCCGAGCCCGGGGCCGCGGUCUACAAGCACGGGGCCCUGGUGCGAAAGGUGCACGCAGACCCUGACUGCAGGAAGACACCUCGGGGCAAGCGGGGCUGGAAGAGCUUCCACGGGAUCCUCAAGGGCAUGAUCCUCUACCUGCAGAAGGAGGAGUACCAGCCUGGGAAGGCCCUGUCGGAGGCAGAGCUUAAGAAUGCCAUCAGCAUCCACCACGCGCUGGCCACGCGCGCCAGCGACUACAGCAAGAGGCCCCAUGUCUUCUACUUGCGCACAGCUGACUGGCGGAUCUUCCUCUUCCAGGCCCCGAGCCUGGAGCAGAUGCAGUCCUGGAUCACUCGCAUCAAUGUGGUGGCUGCCAUGUUCUCUGCACCCCCUUUCCCAGCUGCUGUCAGUUCCCAGAAGAAGUUCAGCCGCCCUCUACUGCCCAGCGCUGCCACCCGCCUCUCCCAGGAGGAGCAGGUGCAGACCCACGAGGCCAAGCUGAAGGCUAUGGCAAGUGAGUUGCGGGAGCACCGGGCUGCCCGCCUGGGCAAGAAGGCCCGAGGCAAGGAGGCUGAGGAGCAGCGGCAGAAGGAGGCCUACCUGGAGUUCGAGAAAUCCCGCUACGGCACGUAUGCAGCACUGCUUCGGGUCAAGCUGAAGGCAGGCAGUGAAGAGCUGGAUGCGGUAGAGGCAGCACUGGCCCAGGCCGGGAGCACAGAGGAUGGACUUCCCCCUCCUCACUCCAGUCCCUCUCUGCAGCCCAACCCUUCCAGCCAGCCCCUGGCUCAGUGUACUGGCUCAGAGCCUCGGGCAGGGGCAGGCAGUGGGCGGUGGAAGCCCUGAGUUGGGGAUGGGAGUGUGUGUGGGGGGUGGUGCCCACCGGGCACCUGCAUGCCGUGGUCCUGCCUGAGCCCGGGCCGGCCUCGGGCCACCUGUGAGGGCCCCUUGGCCCAGGGCCUGACCGCGCCGGACGCGGUGUCCGGGGCAGGGCAGGGCUAGGGGUGUGGGCCUCGAGGGAGCCUUAGGCUAAAGGCCCC